GUGGGCGUAUGUGUGCAUCACCUCCAGACGUGGGAGUGGCUCCCGUGCUGAAAUAUAUCCCACGCGAUGCGAUGUCACGCAGGAAAAUAAACAAAAGAACCCGCCGUGUUUUAGCAUAGCAUUCAGCCUCUUUCUAAUCAGUCAUUUACAGUUUUUUUGACGUUUCCUGGCGUCAGGCCCCCGCCCUCUACGCUCCUUUUUUCUUCCCUCCCUCCAAUGGCCGGAGGAAUGUAGUGUUGGUUGGCCACUUUAAAAAUAGCCUCCGUCGCCUGUGAGAGCGAGCGGCUCCGGUGGCUGCCCUGCACUGUGCUGCGAGGAGCGGGAAUGCCAACAUGGCUACAGACCUCGGCGAACUGCUGGUCCCUUACAUGCCCACCAUCAGAGUGCCAAAGACCGGUGACAGAGUGUUCAAGAGCGAGUGCGCUUUCUCCUUCGAUUCCCCGGAAUCUGAGGGGGGCCUGUACGUGUGCAUGAACACAUUCCUGGGCUUUGGACGGGAACACGUGGAGAGACACUAUCGCAAAACGGGCCAGAGUGUUUACAUGCACCUCAAGCGACAUGUCAAAGAAAAAGCCACAGGAGCUGCAGGAGGCACCAUCUCUAGGAGACGGAAUGGAAAAGUGUUUUUGGAUUUAGAGCUAAACCGCGAUUUUAAUGGUGAGGACUAUGAGUACGAGGACGAGGCCAAGCUUGUUAUAUUUCCAGACCACUUCGAGAUCCCCUUACCAAAUAUUGAGGAGUUACCUGCUCUGGUAACCAUCGCCUGUGAUGCAGUGCUUAACGCACCUUCAGCCUACAAGAAGCAGGAGCCUGAAUCCUGGGAAGAGGAGAUCCAAGUAUCGAGACAUGCAAGAAGCCUCAGACAGCUGGACAAUGGAGUCAGAGUCCCACCUAGUGGCUGGAAGUGUCAGAAGUGCGAGAUGAGAGAGAACCUGUGGCUGAACCUGACAGAUGGCGCCAUGCUCUGUGGGAAGUGGUUCUUUGAUGGCAGCGGAGGAAACGGCCACGCUCUGGAACACUACAAAGAGACCAAAUACCCACUGGCUGUCAAACUGGACACCAUCACCCCAGAUGGAGCAGAUGUCUACUCAUUUGAGGAAGAGGAAGCAGUGCUGGACCCCCACAUAUCAGAACACCUGUCGCACUUUGGAAUAGACAUGCUACAAAUGCAGAAAAAAACAGAGAAUGGCCACCACACAGAUAAUAAUGCCCGACCGCGGGUCAGCGAGUGGGAGGUGAUCCAGGAGUCGGGCAUGAAACUGAAAGCGGUAUACGGUUCCGGUUACACGGGCAUCAAAAACCUCGGCAACAGCUGCUACCUCAGCACAGUCAUGCAGGUCCUCUUCAGCAUCCCAGAAUUCCAAAGGAUGUAUGUCGGGAACCUUCAGAGGAUAUUUGACUAUUCACCACUUGACCCCACACAGGACUUUGCCACACAAAUGGCUAAAGUGGGCCAUGGGCUUCUCUCAGGCCAGUACUCCAAACCGCCUAUGAAAUCUGAGCUCAUUGAACAGGUGAUGAAAGAAGAAUACAAGGUAUUAAACUGGCACCAACAGAAAGGCAUCUCCCCUCGAAUGCUAAAGUCUCUGGUCAGUCGAGGACAUCUGGAGUUUUCCUCUAACAGGCAACAAGAUGCACAAGAGUUCUUCCUUCACAUGAUAAACUUGGUGGAGAGGAACAGUACGAGCUCGGAGAAUCCGAGUGAUGCUUUCCGCUUCUUGGUGGAGGAGCGAGUACAGUGCUGCCAGACACGUCGGGUUCGAUACACUCAACGGGUGGACUACUGCAUCCAGCUGCCAGCCCCCAUCGAGGCUGCAACCAAUCGAGAGGAGCUACUGGCAUAUGAAGCCAAGCGCAGGGAAGCUGAGGAGAACAUGAGAGCUCCCCCAGAGCCGGUGAGGGCUCGCAUCCCUUUCACUGCCUGCCUGCAGGCUUUCACUGAACCUCAGAAUGUGCCAGACUUCUGGAGUUCGGCGCUGCAGGCCAAGUCAGCUGGAGUCAAAACGUGCCGUUUCGCAUCAUUUCCAGAAUAUCUGGUGGUACAAAUCAAGAAAUUCACAUUUGGAGUUGACUGGGUGCCAAAGAAACUAGAUUUGGGGAUAGAUGUUCCAGAUUUCCUGGAUCUUAGCCGUCUGCGUGCCACAGGACUUCAAGCAGGUGAAGAGGAGCUCCCUGACCUCAUGCCGCCAAUUGUGCUACCUGAAGACACGAGAGAUAACUCCAUGAGCUCCUUAGACUCUCCGGAAAUAGAUGAGGCAGCAGUAAUGCAGCUGGCAGAGAUGGGCUUCCCGCUAGAGGCCUGCAGGAAGGCCGUCUACUACACAGGCAACAUGGGCCCUGAGAUGGCCUUCAACUGGAUCAUUGCCCACAUGGAGGAGCCAGACUUUGCAGAGCCACUUCUGCUACCUUCCAUGUUGGAUCCGGGCCCUUCUAGCAGUAUAGACGGCCCCAUGGGGGCCGCUCCUCUUGACAACUCGCCCCCCGAGGAAAGCAUCGCUAUCCUCACUUCGAUGGGCUUCCCCAGGACUCACACUAUCCAGGCGCUUAAAGCCACGAAUAAUAACCUGGAGAGAGCGCUCGAUUGGAUCUUCACCCACCCGGAGCAGCAGGAGGAAGACAGUGACCCCCUUUCCAAUAUGGCUGACACAGAGCCCAAUGACAAUGCUUUCUCCAACGCCAACUCGCACAGUGACUCCACAUUGUCCCCAGACAGGGACACAGCCGGACCACGUGUCAAAGACGGACCGGGACGUUACGAGCUAUUUGCUGUCAUCAGUCACAUGGGAGCAUCCACAAUGUCUGGGCACUACGUUUGUCACAUUAAAAAGGAAGGAAGGUGGGUGAUCUACAACGACCACAAAGUGUGUUUAUCAGAAAGGCCUCCAAAAGACUUGGGUUACAUCUACUUUUACCAUCGACUGUCAAGCAGUUAAAGUUAGCACCUGUCAGCCGCCCCCUCCCCCAACAAACGAACCACUGUCACCCGCAGCCUCAGUGGUAACCAUGGAAACGUCACCUCACACCAUCUACCUGCCUUAACUACGAGGUCAGUGAGGAGCAACUCUGCUCACAAAGGGAAAGCGAUGUGCUCUGUCUUUUGUUGUUUUGUCGAAUGCACGUGUUUUUGUGUAGUCACUACAGAGUAUGCAAUGUUUCAUGUGCUCAGCCCACAGUCUCAUCUCUCAGUGGUACCUCCUAGAUGCCUUCGGAUAGCGAUUUUUUUUUUUCCCAAAAGGUGCAUUUUGUGAAUGUACUGUACCAAGUCAAGGUACUGUCAGUGCUUUAACACGAAAACCAACAUGCUCUGAGAUGUCAAAAAUGGGCAAUUAGUGCAAUGCUUUUAAUUUCUAAUAGAAUUGUUAGAAAUUAUCUUUAUUUCUUCCCCUCGGUAUUGGCAAAUAUUUGGACAGUGGAUGAAGCAUUGUUUUUUGCUCAAACCCUGACCUAAUUUAAUGUGCUAGUUUGUCACUUUUAAUGAGAAAAAACCUUAACACUGGAAGAGUUUUCAACAUUGACGAAUUUUUCCUCACUGAAAGCACUUUUCUUUAACAACAGUAUUUUGCAGCCCAGUGCACAAGCAGACUACACCAGCUACAUGCAAUGAAUGUGAUUAUUUGAAAUGUCAGCUCCAGUACUACUGUGAGUACAUAGGAAAAAUUCUAUAUAAAUGAUUUUCCGGUUCUUGCAACGACACUAUGGGUCUUUUAUUACUGAUAAAGCCAACAUUUCACCAGUAAAAAACAAAAUAAAACCUGUACUACCUGUAACUAAUUUUUAUUUAGUUAAUCUAUGCACAUAGUCAGGGUUCAUAUCCAAAGCAAUAUGCACUAUAACCAAACCUACUGUAUUGUAAAGACCUGAUCUGAAUGUAUGAAGUAGCACAAUAAUUCAGAACAUCUUUUUGGUUUUAAUACAUACCUUGAAAGUAGACUUGUAAAUCACAAGCAAAUGACACCUCCUCCCAACACAAAGAUAUGUGUAAAUGCUACAAGAUCGCAGGAACCCCCGUUUAUUUCAAAUGAAACCACCCGACUAACUUCGACAUACAGUAUUUUUUUUAUACCAAGAUGCAAUCUGAUGGUACCUAAGCAAUCCUGUUGUCUGGCCUGAGCAUGAAAAUAUCGAUGAAGUGAAUUUUACAAAAUAACAUUACUUCACCCCUCCAGUGUUAGUUUUUCCAAACAGUUGUGAAUGCCCAAAAGCAAAUAUGAGGGUUAAAUGCACAUACACCAUAUGUUUGCAAGAAUAGCCUAAACUCUAAGUCACCUGGCACGCUCAUGAGAAGAUAUAAACACCACACUUAGAAUACUGGUAGUCCCCGGGUAAUGAACAAGUUCCGUACUUCCUACGCUGGCGACGUAACCCGGAUUUACGUGUGAAUUGGAAUGAACGCUUUUAAGUACCCCUAAAAUCCCCCUAAAUCUCUAAAUUAUCCAAAAAACAUGAAUGUACUGUCCUCGCCAAGACUUUGGUGUAAGUCCUAGCUAGACAACGAGCUGAGCUGAUCUUUCCCCCCUCUCCCUCUCACUCGGCUGCGCGAAUUUUUUGUCGAAUUCUAAUUAAAAAGUAAGAUAGUGGUAGGUACAAUAAGAUACUGUUUAUGCGACUAAAAAAACAAAACAACAACAAAAAACAAAUGGAGACAAAAUGGCGAAUGAGAGUCUGGCAUCAUAAUGUCAAAAUCACGUAACUCGGGUCCGUAGUAACCCGGGAACUACCUGUAGUUAAACCAAGUCACAUUUUUCUCUAUAUGUACAGUCAUGUGAAAAAAUUAGGACACCCCAUGAAACAUUCAGUUCUUUAUUAAGAAAUGUUCAUAUUAAGAAAUGUUCACAUAUCAAUGUUUGAUCUUGUUUUUCUUUAUCUCUGGAAAAGAAAGUGAUUUAAUUGCAGGCAAACAACAAAAAUUACAUUGUUUUACUUACUAAACCAAAUUUAUCAACAAAAAUGCAUAUCCCCCUGAGGAAAGAGUUAGGACACCCAACCACCUAAUAGCUACAGACCGAUGUCAAAGACUAGUAGAUGGCUACAAAAAGCAUCUCACUGAAGUUAUUCCAGCUAAAGGGGGUAACACUAGCUAUUAGGUGGUAGGGUGUCCUAACUUUUUCCUCAGUUAGAAUAUGCAUUUUUGUUGAUAAAUUUAGUUUAAUGAGUAAAACAAUGUUAUAUUUUGGUUGUUUACCUGCUAUUAAAUCACUUUCCUUUCCAGAGAUAAAGGAAAAACAAGAUCAGACAUCAGACAUAUGUGAACAUUUCUGAAUAAAGAACUGAAUAUUUCAUGGGGUGUCCUAAUUUUUUCACAUGACUGUAGCCCUUAAUGACAGAAAUAUCUUAUGGUGUGGGGUAAAAAUAACACAAGGGAGCUGCACCUGCUGAGUGCAGAAGUGGCAUAUACAAAGCUGAAGCUUAAAGAGAAAGCAAGAAGAGAGAAAUUUUGCCAUCUUGCCUUUUUGCUAGGUUGCGACUCUCCUGGAUAUGAACAGCACAUGGAAUGGGGGUACAAAGCAACAGAGAUGGGACGGCUUCUGUAGAAAAGGGUUUGUCAGAAUAGUGGGCCAGGGGUUGUAAAAUAUCACGCUAGAUGCUACACUUUGCUCUAUAAAAUAAAAUUUGGCUUUCCCGAAAGACAUUUGGUUCACUAUACAGUUGAGCAAAUAUUAAAAACUAUAUGGUGAGAUACAUUACAGUACUUCACGUCUUCACAUCCUUCAGGGGAGUUCUGCUGCUUUUAGUCUGCGAUCAUAUUCAAGACUUGAGAUUCAUAUUUCUCAAGAGGAGGCAGCCCACUAUCAAAAAUACUGGUUAGUCUAGCAUCUCAGGUUUCUGAUGUGCCUCUCCUUGAAGGCCAAUGUAAUAUUUCAGCAGCGCUUCCCUUCAGCAACGCCGUGCCUCUUAGGUCCCCGAGCAAGUUUAAAUGCAGUAUAUCUCAACGUAACCCCACCUCAUGUGUAAUCCCCGGGGUAGUGAGGAAAUGAUCAAACAUCUCUAUGCAAGCCUUAGCUAGCUUUUCCAUCCACCAUGUCAAAUGGAUGGUUCUCAUGUGAUCAGUGGCAGUUCGGUAAAGUCAUCUCAUGGCGUCCAGUGAUGAAUGUCUGUCUGUUUUCAUGUAAUAUUUUGUUUAUCUCCGAGCAGCCGACCAUGGUAUCGUGAGUGUAUGUUCUGUUUGAGCUUUCCCUUCUGGCUGUUGUUCAACAUAUGGUUUAGUUUGUCUCCACUGUUAGCAUGUGCACUAAACGUUGACAUUUUAGUUAUUUGGAUUGUAAGAUUGUACUUUGCUGGGCUUACAUUUCAUGUAACUAAAUGUUCAAGUUGUUCUUUCCUGCCUUUUUUCGAAACAGAUUUGUGCCAAUUCUUCAAGUUUUGGUCAAGAGAUUGUUUUACGGUGACUUGAAAUGUAUGCGUUUUAUUCAAAUAUGGCUUAGCCGUACCUGAAUAGAGUCUUGCCUGUAUACUCAAUGGCACUGUUUACUUACGAUGUUUGGGUAAUUUAAUAAACAACACUUUGUUCACUCUUGCCUUUUGUUUUCACUAUGUUGAAAAUGGAUUUCCAAUAUGGGAAAAAUCUUCAAUGUCAAAGUCAGUUUAGAGUUUAGCUGCUAUGAAGUCACAAUAAAGAAAUAAAUGAUUAUAAAUAUUCAGUUAAGAUAGAGUUCAUUAAUAAAAUUUCUCUUAAAGCUGUAAUGUGAAGUAAUUUCAUAACAUGCCAAAUAGGGUCACAAUUAAAGUAAUUAAACAUUGUCCAACAAAUAAAGCAUGAAAAAAUAAUUUAUAUGUUGUAUAUUUGACAAAAUAAUCGCGUUUCCGAAGUUCGAGCCUGAAAGGGGACGAACCCGGAAGUGAUACGUCACACCGAGAACAGCGAUGGGAGCUCUCCAUACGGCCGUCCUACAAAGCCCUUCAAACAAUGCUUCAAACAGCGAUAUAAGUGAUAGAUCAAGCGCAAGUGAGGAGACCCAAGUUUUUGAAGAGUUGGAGGAAGAGGAGGAGGUUGGAAUUUUAUGUUGGAUCGUACAUGUAUUAGCCAGACGCUAAUCAGGAUGCAAACAAUGUGCCCAGACUACCUGACAUCGAAUGGAGACAAGACCCAUCGAGAUUACAAGAUUGGUAAGAUAUAGGCUGUUAUUAUUUUCAUGAUUUGAAGAUGCAAGCAUUUGCACAUAAUUAUAUGUUUUUGUCUCUCUGAUGACAUUG